AUGAAAUCCGCCACCAGCAACUACCGGCCCCUGGCUCCUGACUCUGAACGGUUUCUCCUAGUUUUCUCCUGCCUGGUACUAUCCGUCUUUUCAACCAUCGAUGAGUAUCAGGACAGCUCUGAAGGGGCCCUCUACAUACUGGAAAUAGUCACCAUCGUGGUGUUUGGUGUGGAAUACUUUGUGAGAAUCUGGGCUGCCGGUUGCUGCUGUCGAUACCGGGGCUGGAGGGGAAGGUUAAAAUUUGCCCGCAAACCCUUCUGCGUCAUUGACAUCAUGGUGCUGAUUGCCUCCAUCGCCGUUCUGGCAGCGGGAUCCCAAGGGAAUGUCUUUGCCACCUCGGCUCUCAGGAGUUUGCGGUUCCUGCAGAUAUUGCGCAUGAUACGAAUGGACCGUAGAGGCGGCACCUGGAAGCUGCUGGGGUCUGUGGUCUAUGCCCACAGCAAGGAGCUGAUUACUGCCUGGUAUAUUGGCUUCCUGUGCCUCAUUCUGGCCUCUUUCCUGGUGUACUUGGCCGAGAAAGGAGAAAAUGAGCACUUUGAUACAUACGCAGAUGCACUCUGGUGGGGCCUGAUUACACUCACCACCAUCGGCUAUGGGGACAAGUAUCCACAGACCUGGAAUGGGCGUCUCCUGGCUGCAACUUUCACCCUCAUCGGGGUCUCCUUUUUUGCCCUCCCUGCUGGCAUUUUAGGUUCUGGCUUUGCCCUGAAGGUUCAAGAACAGCAUCGGCAAAAGCACUUUGAGAAGCGACGAAACCCUGCAGCGGGCCUGAUUCAGGCUGCUUGGAGGUUCUAUGCCACCAACCUCUCUCGAACGGACCUGCACUCUACCUGGCAGUACUAUGAACGGACAGUCACCGUUCCCAUGUACAGCUCGCAAACGCAAACGUAUGGUGCCUCCAGACUCAUUCCGCCUCUGAACCAGCUGGAACUCCUCAGGAACCUGAAGAGCAAAUCGGGACUGACUUUCAGGAAGGAGCAGCAGCCUGAGCCAUCACCCAGUAAAAGCAAACCAUGCAGAGAGUCACUAUGUGGAUGCUGCUCAGGAAACUCUAGUCAGAAGGUCAGCUUGAAAGACCGUGUCUUCUCCAGUCCCCGAGGGUCUGGAACUAAAGGGAAAAGCUCUCCACAGGCUCAGAGCCUCCGGAGAUCCCCCAGCGCUGAUCAGAGCAUUGAAGAUAGCCCGAGCAAAGUGCCCAAAAGCUGGAGCUUUGGAGACCGGAGCCGAGCCCGGCAAGCAUUCCGGAUCAAGGGAGCUGCGUCUCGACAGAACUCUGAAGAAGCAAGCCUCCCUGGAGAAGACAUUCCCGAUGAUAACAAAAGCUGCAACUGCGAGUUUGUGACGGAAGAUUUAACGCCAGGACUUAAAGUCAGCAUCAGGGCAGUGUGCAUCAUGAAAUUCCUUGUUUCCAAACGGAAGUUCAAGGAGAGCCUUCGGCCUUACGAUGUGAUGGAUGUCAUCGAGCAGUAUUCAGCCGGUCACUUGGACAUGCUCUCCCGGAUUAAAAAUCUCCAGUCCAGGAUAGAUAUGAUUGUGGGUCCCCCGCCCCCUUCAACUCCCCGGCAUAAGAAGUAUCCAACCAAAGGACCCAUGCUCUCUUCUAAAGAGUCACCCCAAUACUCGCCUAGAGUGGACCAGAUUGUUGGACGAGGGACAUCAAUGACCGACAAGGAUCGAACCAAAGGGUCAGCAGAGGGGGAGCUUCCAGAAGACCCAAGCAUGAUGGGCAGGCUUGGAAAAGUUGAAAAGCAGGUUCUGUCCAUGGAGAAGAAGCUGGACUUUCUGGUGAACAUUUACAUGCAGCGGAUGGGUAUCGCACCAACGGAAGCAGAAGCCUAUUUUGGGUCCAAAGAACCAGACCCGGCGCCACCCUACCACAGUCCAGAAGACAGCCGGGAGCACAUGGACAAAAAUGGCUGCAUCAUCAAGAUCAUCAGGUCCACCAGUUCAAUGGGACAAAAGAAUUUCUCUGCACCACCAGCCCCAACAAUGCCAACCAACACGUGUCCCCCUUCAACGUCCUGGCAGCACCAGCCAUACCAGCGGCAUAGCCACGGAUCCUCCCCAGUUGGAGAUCCUGGCUCUUUGGUAAGAAUCCCGCCCCCACCUUCACAUGAGCGCUCCUUGUCCGCUUACAGUAGCGGGAAUAGGGCCAGUGCCGAGCACCUGAGGAAUGAAGACAUUACAGCUAAACACCACGACAGCGCCUUGAGAGACAGUGACACGUCCAUUUCCAUCCCGUCGGUGGAUCACGAGGAACUGGAACGCUCCUUUAGUGGAUUUAGCAUUUCCCAGUCCAAAGAAAAUUUGGACGUCCUUAACAACGGUUGCUAUGCAGCAGUGGCCCCCUGUGCCAAAAUCAGACCCUACAUUGCAGAAGGAGAGUCAGACACUGAUUCUGACCUCUGCACACCUUGUGGCCCGCCUCCCAGAUCAGCCACAGGUGAAGGACCUUUCAGUGACAUGGGCUGGUCAGCCCCUAGACAGUGAAGCAUUUUGACAUCUAUUGAGCCAAGUCAGAGCACUGGCCAGCCGCCCACUCAUGCCAUCCCCACCUUGAACUUCUGGAGGAGAUCUACAGCUAAGGUUUUAUGAAUCCAGAACAUACUUAGCUUGUGGAUAUUUUCUUACAGCUUACUCUGGGGACAGACGCUGAGCCAGCAUUCAGUAGAAAGGGGCCACUGUGGUGAAUAAUUCGGAGCCUUGAAGUGUCUGGAUUUCUUUCAUACUAUCUUUCUAAGAUAAUUAGGUGAAACGAUGUCACAGUACAGGGUAGGCAACCACAUUUCUUGGUAAUCCUUUAGGGUACAGGGCACAAAUAUCACCUGCAAGG